AUGCAUUGGGUCCAGCACAUCAAGGAACCACAAGAUGGGUCCAGCACAUCAAGGAACCACAAGAUGGGGCACAUCAUCGCGCUCGACGUCGUUCUGAUGAGCAUGCUGGUAGGGUUUACCCUCACGGCUCUCAGCCAUAUCAGCGCCGCGUGGAGAUUAAGGAAAGACUUCUUCUUCUCUGUGAGGUCCCCACUCCUGGCGACGACGUCGGGCCUCGUCGGUGUGGUUCUUGGAGCCUUCGCGGUGGCGCGUCUCAUCGUGAUCCCUGAUAAACUCGUGGUGCACUCCAUUUCGUUGAUAAUCUUCGUGCCCUUGAUGGAGCUCGGGUUCCUUGGGCCCUACGUGAUGCGGGGUAUCCGGCUCCUCGUCAUGUACAACCCUGCUACCCGGACGCACUGGGGACGAUUCUUUACCAGUGAACUCGCCGUGGUCAAGAUAUUGCUGGUUGCCUUCGGAAUUGUCGAGGUCAUCGCCUGGUCCGCGGUACUGCUCUUUGGCCUGGAAACGUGA